GCUCAAGUCUGUGACAGGGCACCAGCAGCAUGUUAGAGGAAGGCAUGGUUGGGGCACCCACCACCCGCCCCAGGGAUGGUCACAUCGGGAUGGGGUCUCUCAAUGGGGUAGGUGGCCAGGGCCAGGAGAGAAGCCGCUGGAAGGUUCUCCAGCAGGCACAGGCAGAGGAUCUGCCUUCACCAGGAGGAUCGCAUGAGGUUCUGGUGUCCACACUCUCCUUCUGUGGUCAAAAGAUCUCUAUCACUGCAGAGGUCCUACCACUGUGGGGGUGCCCAGGGCAGCCCCCAGCUCUGUGUCCAGGCACUCCCUGCUCUCCCUGGCCAGGCUGGGGCCUGACACUGCGCCGGGCACUGGGGCCACCCCGCACGGGGUGCGCAUGGGAGCCCAGGGGGCACGGGGUCAGCAUGUGAGGAGUGGGAAGGGGACAGCCCUGGUCUGCUGAGGCCCUGCAGCAGGCACCCUGCUGCGGCCCUGCAGGUGAAUGUCACCAGCAGCUCCCCAGGGAGAGGAGGGCAGUGGGAUGCUGAGCACCGAGGUGCUCCCAGACGUGAUGACCACAGCAAUGGCCAUGGCUUAGACCCUGCAUUUCCCUCUCCCCACCUCGGGUCCGGCUGCAGCCCGGUGCCCGGGGACUUUGUCCUCUUACCUGGGCAGCUGCUGCUUCUUGUUGGAGUGAGCGGGCUUGUGUUUCGGGGCGCCGCGAGGCCCCCACUUUAUAGCCUGGCAAGGGCAGACCCCCGGGCGGGCACACAAAGGAACUGCCAGCUCAUCAGUGUCUGCGCGGCCGCCCAGUCAUCACAUCCUGCAAAGCGCUGGGCGAGCUGGAAGCCUCUCCCCGGCCCCGUGCCCAGCCGCUGAACCCAGCACUUUCCUUUGUGCCCGCGGCACAACAGAAGACCUGACCGUGCCACUUUGCAGCGCGCGGCGGCACCCGCUGCCCCGCGUGCGGCAGCCCCGGCAGGGCAUAUAUAGCCCUGGCACGGCCAGGCCAGCGCCGGCACCGGCACAGGCACACUGCCCUCCCCUGCCCACCGCCCCUGGCACCAGGCUCGCACGGACGCCCCAGUGCCACUGCUGCCGCAGCCCCACAGCGCCCAGCCUGCAGCCACACUGUACCCAUUUCUCCCCUCCAAACACUGAACCUCUUGCUUUGAACAUCACUCUGUGCCCAUAAGUGCCUGCAGCAGUGCUCUGAAGAUGCCAGAAAGUGAGACCUGAGUGUUCUGAAAUGCUUCAGAAACUGUUUUUUUUCUCAAAUGAUGUGUAAUUGAAGCUGACACUUUCUGAACCAUCUGAGUGCCUGAAAAUGGAAAAUGGUGUUUGCUCUCUGUUGGGAAUGUCCCUGCUCACUGGCAGGGCUGUUCUCUUGCUUUUUAGCCCAUUUGCCCCGUGCUGUGCUCCCCCUGUACCACCCCUAGUUUUGCCACCACCACACUCACGGUGCCAAACCCCAUACAGUGUUUUGGGGCAUCAGCUCUGUCUGACUGGCACAGGAGAAGGGUUGCAGGGUGGCUGGAUGGGGACAUGCCAGCACUGGGCUCUGUGGCAGAUGAGCCUGAGGUGCCACUUCUCCUGCACGCCAUGGUACCUUGGGGAGACCUUCUCCUGAGUUCCUCUGAGCCUCUGAUCAGAUCCUCUCCCUGUUUGCCUGCUGUGAUCCUUUUCAUCCUGUAAAUACCUGCACACUCCUUUGGAACACCCCCAGCUUCCCGCAGCAUCCAGCAUCAGUGCUCCUGGGCACUACCUCACCCGAGGGUGUGUGGUCAGAGAGUUCAGAGCCCUGUGUUUUGCCCUCAUCUUUUGUUCCCCUCAUGUGUCACCCAGCAGCAGUGGGAUCCAGCUGUGCCCUCUGGGCUAUUGCUCAAAAUCCCUAACAAAAAGGAAGUAUUGAUCUGCUCUUUUCCCGAGGUUUUUUGGCGGCCGCGCUGUGCCCAUGAUGUGGCUGGGUGUGGGGGCUGCUGCCCCAUUACCCUGGGCACUGCCACAGUCUGGUUCUCACCUGGACACUGGGCAGUGGUUUAGGAUUCAUGAUUUCAAUUGGCACCAUGGAUUUUACCCGACUUUCUAAUUUAACCUGCCCUCUCUUCCUCUGGGAGCCAGAGUGGAUGUUCUACCUGGCUGCCUCCCCUGUGCCUCCUGGGCAUUAAUCAGCAGGUCUCACCCACCCCCUGCUCCUGACUCUGCUUCCUCUUCCAAAUCCCAGCACCUUUGAAAUUGGGUAUUGGGAAAACAUUUCAGAGGGACUGAGCUCUGCUCCUGAUGGCUGCUCUGUGCUGCUCCACGUUACUCUGAUCACACAGUAGCUCCAUGGUUUUCCUGAGCCAGUGCUGUGGCAGGGCUGACAGCAGGGAUCUGUCCUCGGUGGUUCCUGAGCACCCCAGACACAAAAUCUCUGUCCUCCCUGUGCACCAUCCCUGCCGCUGGCUGCAGGUGCUUUAGAAAGCCCCUCUCUGCUCCAUCCCACCCUGGCACGGGGGUGCCUGUGGGAUGCGCAGCUCCAACAGCAAAGCACAAGGCCAGAGCUGGCACAGCAAGGCUGCAGAGGGCACGGGAAUGGGCACAGGGGUUUGUUCUGCCCUGGUGAGUUCCACUGCCCACGGAGCUCCCGCUGCUGCAGCCCUGCCCAGUGCUGAGUGGUACCGUGGGUACACCCGGCACAGCCCAGCUCUGUGGCCAUAUCCCCGUGCCAGGACAUGGCGUGGAGAGCAAGCGCAUGGUGGUCACUGUGCUGGUGGCCAGCACAAGCUGAGUUUAGCUCAGGCCACUGUAAGAGGUUGGGGACAAAUUGUGCCAAAAGGCUUUUGCUGGGGUUGCAGAUGUCGGGACAGCCUGUGCAGCCGUGGUGCAGCCGGGGAUGGCUGCUUGCAUUGAGCCCCCCAGGCUGCUGUGCUCGCCUGCUCUGCCUCCCCUGCAGUGCCCAGGGCUGACGGGGCUGCAGCUGCACGAAGGAUGCUCCAGCUCAGCUCCCUGGCAGUUUCCUGGCAAAUGCUGUCCCAAAACACAGCUCUCUCUGGGAAUACAAGUUUUCUCACUUGGCCUAACAGCCUCCAUUGGCUGCUGCCUGCUCUGAGGUGCAGGCUGGGUGGGUGGCUCUGCCCAGCCCUCGGAGCCCUGGCAUGCUCCUGACACGACCCCGGGGUGAUUUAUGAGGUGUGGGGGUCACGGUGAGUAAAGCUAAAAGGUAUUUAGGUUCCCAAAAUGCAGGUGCAGCAGACUCUUUUCAGUGCACAGAGGCAGGAGGCUGCUGCAGCAGCGGCCCAAAACAUGACCUACACCUCCAGUCCCUCACAUGCCUUUGCAAACCCACCCCUCACUUCCCAUGCCCUUGUUCCCUGCUUGUUACAGUGUCCAUGGCUGCUGUGUGCCCACCCUGCAAUGAACUGCCCUGGAUUUCAGGGAGAGCUGUUCUGCCCUCCCAGGGAGAGCAAGUACAGACGUGUCCUUCCUCCCACUUCCCAGAACUGGGUGAGGAAAUCUCCCUGCGCCCCCAGUGCAGGCAGUGCUGCCUGCAGGCAGGAGGAGCACUGCCAGAGUGGGAACACGGCCCCAGCUCAGCCCUGUGCUGGGGAGGGCACGCUGCAGAAAUGCUGGCAGACCCGGGGGGCAAUGCCCCGGCUCUGGAGCUGUGGGGCCGGGGGUCAGAGCCCACGCCCGGUGGGCCCGCUCGAUGUCCCGGCUCAUCAGCGUCUCUGACACGUUUCCUUUGUUCUGCCCGGUCCCUCCUCCCCGCCAUGUGCUGAGUUAGGGGUUUCAGUAAUGCUCCCCUGGGCUCUGUCUCUAUCUGGAGGCUAUAAAAACCCAGCCAGAGGCUGCGGGACGUGUCACCUCCCUGGGCACCAGUGCCUCACCCCAGGUAAGCGGCAGAGCCUGGGGCAGCUGCCCUGUCACCGUGGCUGGGGCCUGGGAGCAAGCAGUCGUGGGAACACGUGGAGGAGCAUCCAAGAUCUGGGGUUAGACCUCACCUUGGCACAGGAAGCAGUGGCAGUGGAUUGGGGGACUGGGGGCUUGGGAGACUGGGGAAUCAGGGGUCAUCGCUGGCCAUGGCAGUGGCAGGGUGCUGAUACUCAGUGUGGGCACAUGGCCACCUCCACAGCACUCCCAGCUCAGCACUCCUCUGCCUGCACUAGCUGCAUGCACGGGUGCUUUGGCUCAGGGAUCUGCCAGUGGGAGGAGUCUCCCCGGGCACGGGCAGGCAGUGCUAGGAUGGCUGCCAGGGACAGGUGCCCACUGCUCUGCACAGCCCAGGCAGCAGCUCUGGGUAGGCAGGGAGAGCCCUAGCCCAUGCUUUUCUGCUCCAGCAGGAAGCAACCCCCUUUUUGCCACCCACGCUUCUGGUGAAGAGAUGUGCGUGGGCUCCUGAGGGUGUUUCAUCUGGGCAGAGGGGCAGUUUUGACAGUCCUGUUCCCCUGUGCCCUGGCAGAGCCACCAUGACCCACCGCUGCAAGAGAUCCUCCGGUCUCUGGAAGAUCGCGGUGUGGGAUGAGCCUUUUUUCCAGGGCAAGAAGCAUGAGUUCACCACCGACUGCUACAGCACCCUGGAUCAUGGCUUCAGCACCGUCCGCUCCUGCAGGAUCGAGAGCGGGGCGUGGGCAGGCUUCGAGCACUGCGGUUUCCAGGGGCAGCAGUUUGUGCUGGAGCGCGGCGAUUACCCGUGCUGGGAGGCGUGGAGCGGCAGCAACGCCUACCAUGUGGAGAGGAUGUGCUCCUUCCGCCCCAUCGCCUGCGCCGACCACGGGCGCAGCCGGCUGAUGCUCUUCGAGCAGGAGAACUUCCAGGGCAAGCGGGCAGAGAUGAGCGACGACUGCCCCUCCCUGCCCGCCCUUGGCUGGGGCAGCAGCACCGUGGGCUCCUUCCUUGUCCGCUCCGGCGCGUGGGUCUGCUCGCAGUACCCGGGGUACCGAGGCUUCCAGUACCUCCUGGAGAGCGACAGCCCCGCAGGCGAAUACAAGCAUGUGCGGGAGUGGGGCUCCCACGCACAGACGGGACAGGUCCAGUCUAUCCGCAGGGUCCAGCAGUGACUGCGGUGCCGGAGCCCCUGCACCACCGGCCACGUGCCCUGGGCACCGUCUGUCCCGCGGGGCAGUGGGGGCAAAGCUCAAUAAAGGCUCAGUUGUCCAAGGCGGCACUGGCAGUUGGGGAAGGGGGGACCAUGAGGGUGUGUGGUCGGGAGUGAUGUCAUGUGUGGAGGCAGAGUGGGGGGUCUGCAGGGGCAUGGAUGGAGUGAGUGGGAUCUUUUCUGCCCCUGCAACCAGCACAUGUCCCUGUCACAGGCAGGUAAAGCCCUGUGCCAGCCCAGCUGCAGGCUCAGGGGCUCUGCAGAACCCCCACAUCCCACUACACUAUAGACCCCGUCUGCUCUACCAGCACCUGCCAGGGGCUGGAAGGAGCUGCAGGACUCAGCAAGUGGCAGGUGCAUGCUGUGCACCUAUCCCCACAUUCAUGCACACCCCUGCACCCAUCCGAGCACUGAUCCCUUACUGCCCUACGCCCAGUGCACAGCCAAAGCUGGAAAUGUGGCAGGAAAAGGCUGGUCUAGAAAAAUUCCUCAUUUCAGAAGAGCUCUGGAGAAAAGGUUUGAUGUGAUGAAAAUGUCCCAUCCAUGACAUUUGCAGUAGCAGGGCCACCAGUGGAGGGAAUGGGGAAUGCUGCCCAGAAAGGGAUUCUGUCUGCUGGAAUCACAAUAAAAAAGGCAAAAUAGAAGAAGAAACAAAAAGUUUUGGGAAGGGCUGAGUGAAACCCUCCUGCACCCCAGGGCAAACCCGUCCAGGGCCAGCAGCCAGCGAGACCCAAGGAGUGGAGCUUCCUGGCCUCUCUAUGGCCAAAGAUGGGGGGGACCCCUGUCCUGGGCCCCCUUCCGACCCUGCCUAGCUCCUGAGCCCCAGGGUGGGGCAGGGGGCUGGGUGAUGAUCCAGCACACAGCCAGACACGGUGGACAGCUGGCAGAGGGACCGGUGGUCCCCAGGGACCCGGCAGGGACCUGGAGAACAAUGCAGGAGCCCAGCAGCUGCACAGCUCUGAGGAGGGGCUGUCACGGCCCUCUGACCGGGAGUGGGGCUGUCCCCGGGAUGGAGGGGCUGUCCUCCGGCAAGGCUGUGUCCCCAGGCCGGGCUGGGUCUCUUGCCAUCCCCCCUACCGAGCCCAGCCACAUCCUGCCCACCACGGCCCCAGGGAUGUGCCCGCAGCAGCCCCUGCCCAGCGACCCGUGUCCCCUGGGCCACCCCAGGGCUGUGGGGUGCCCACACCACCCCAAAGGGCUGUGGGGAGCCUGUGACACCUCGGGGGACGGUGUCCUGGCAGGGGGCAUGACAGUGGCCUUUCUAUCGGCUGUCGUGGCAAAGGGGUCCCCGGGGUCUCCCGAAGCGGGAUCGGUGCAGAGAAGUGCGGGAAGGGUGCGGGGAGCGAUGCGGGAGCAGGGCUGGAAGCGAUGCGGGAGCGAUAUGGAGCGGAGAGCAGUGCGGGAGUGCUGCGGGGGGAAGGUGACUUGGUCGCAUUUCCAGCAUUAAAAUUUAAAGCGAGUUGCAGCAUCCUCCUACGCCGUAGGUAGGGCCGGGGGGGCCGGGGGCUGCGGGAGGAGGAGUUUGCGCGGCCGCCUCUUCCUCAGGGAUGCUCUGGGAAAGCUCCAGCACAAAGGAGCGGCGCGGAGGGCAGAAGCGAGCGGAGCCGGCGCCCCCCAGCCCCAACCCGGUCCCCGGGAGCAGAAUCCUCACCAAGAAUAGGGCUCCUGCCAGGUAAAUGGAUUCUUGCCUGAUUUUCAAUGCCCCUGGGAAGAAUUGUAGCCAAAAUGCUGGUUUACUGCUUUGUCUCCUAAUCCCCGUUUUCUCCUGAAGCUGGGGAUCCUGGGUGGGGAUUAGAGGCGAGGCUGGGGCCAACACUCCUGGGGCACAGCACAGCCCCUCCUUCAGAGUUAACCUGCCAGAUGCUCCUCUUGCGGAGCCAUUUUCUCUCCCUCAUUGUCUUGCAGCCUUUUGUGUGUGUGAGUAGGUCCUGCCCAGGGCCCCAGGAGGAGCCCAGAAAUAAUCAGGUUUUCUGGCGUUCUGGGUUUUCAGGGAGCCUUUCACACCCUCACCCUCCCUUCUCCCAGGCUGCAGACUCAGAGCUGCAGACAAAGGUGGUAGUGCCUGGCACUGCUGCAGCAGCACGGGAGCCUGGGAUGUGCCAGAGCCUAGGCUCUGCUGGAUGGCAGCAAGGGUCAGGCAGCGAUGGCAGGGCCCAGGGCAAAGGUAUUUGGCCACCCUGCUGGGAGCUGGGGGACUGGGGUGCCCAGAUGCCACAUCCCACAGAUCAUCUCUCUGGGCACAGGCAGUUCAUGGCAAUGCCGUGCCUGCUGUGGCCUUAUCUCCCUGCUCCUGCCUGCUGUGGAGCCUGUGCUCCUGUCCCUCCCUCUUCACUCCAAGGGGGGGGUCUAGCCCCUGUUUAACCCAGGUGCUCAGCAGCACCGUAUGUGCCACCCACCCUGUGUGGCAGAGGAAGCUCUGGCUCAUGGCUGGCAAUCACUGCUCACUGUGCCCCAGACAGAGUGUUUAGCUGAGCCCUGCCUGCACAAAAUUGUUUUCCCUCCCUGUCUCCUGGGAUGUGUUUCGUUCCCGGGUGAGAGAGGCCAUCCCACAGCCAUCAUGUCCCGCCUGCCUCACCACAGGCACCUCCCGCUCUGAUCCCACCUCCCGCUCAGAUCCAGGCAGGGGAUCCAUUUAUCAGAUGCUCGAUGGCAUCUCCGGAGCUCAUUCCCGCAGCUGGGUUGCAAAUGCUGCCUGGACAUGCUGUCCCCAUGGGAGGGACUGUCCUGCCAGCAGUGCCUGCGGCAUGUGGUGACAAUGAACAGCGGGAAGCUGGAGCAGCUCCACAGCUGAACAUGCAGAGUCAUCACGGCCCAGCUCCCCCAGGACCUGCUGCAGUCCUGGCUUUUCCAGGUGGGCAGGGCAGGAGCAGGAGCAGGGCAGCAGCAGGAGAAAGGCAGGAGCAGGAGCAGAGCAGGAGCAGGAACCGGAGCAGGUCAGAAACAGGAGCAGGGCAGAAGCAGGAACAGGGCAGGCAGUGUGGCUGGCUGCAGACAUGGGCUGGCUGCUGGCACCAGCCACGUGUCCCUGUAUCCCUGUAGAGGUGGAGUAGCAUCCACCACAGUGCAGUUGUGACUGCCAGCUGUCCCAGUACAACUGGUGCCUGCGAAACCACAGGGUCCCAGUGACCCAGCUUAACCACAGGGCAGGAGCAGAGCUGGCAGAGGCAGCAGUGGCAGUGGCAGUGAAAGUCAGUCCCUGCCCCCAGUGCAGGGGUUCCCACACCAGGUAGGGACAGUUUGGGGCAUUGCCACCAUUUCUGAUGUGGUGGUUCCUGGUGCCCCCCUGUGCCUGGUGGUGGGUCUAGCUCCCCGCUCUGCAAGGGGAAAGGGACAGGAGGAUCCCUGCCCAGCCCUCCUGCCAGGCUCCUGCCAGCUUGGCUCGGCUCUGCCUGAGGACGGUGCUGUGUGUCUCUCCCUUGCUGCGUUGGUUGUUUCUUUUGCAGCUGCUAAUGACUGACCUGAAGUCUGUUCACACAGUCCCCUCGCGGCCUCCACAGCGCAGAGCCACACAGGAUGGGGGGACAUUGCACGGCACUUGCAUAGCUGGUGACCACAGUGCCACCACCCCAGAGGCACGGCCUCAGCUCCUGCCUGGCCAGACCGGCUGUGCCUGGAGAGGAGCCAGGCUCGGGGAGCCGACGUCGCCACCUGCACACAAUGCCAGAGCCGGGCUGGCCCCAGCAGAGCAGCCUGGUGCUCAGUGCCAUGGGCCAGAGCCACGAGCCUGGCCACUGCGGGGGACACAGCCGAGGACACGGCGCUGGGGAUACCUGAGGACACGGGUCUGCACGUGCGCGUGGUUUUCCUGCAAGGUGCUGGGGUCCCCUUCCCUUCCGCUGCUCCACCCCAGCCAUGGGCAGGAUGCGACCCAUCCCCUUUCCUGAACACAGUGUAGGGAGAGGGAGAAGAGGAAGACUACAGGGAUGGAGCUGUGCCAGCUCCUCAAUGAGACACAAUGGCCAGAGCACAAAGGGACUCUGGUUGUCCCCACUGAUCCUGCCUGUCCUUCUGUCUAUUGGUGAAGUCCUGGUGCUUUCUGCCCUGGAACUGCCUUGCAGUGCUAGUGCUGUGUUCCAGCAGGACCCUGUCUCCCCUGCCCUGUGGAGCAGCCUGGAGUGUGUGGAGGGACAUGGGCAGUGAAUCCUCCUCCCAUGACCUCUGUGGGGGUGGCAGUGGCCCAGUAAGUGGUUGGGCUGUGGCUGCACCGAGCAGUCGCUCCAGCCCCUGUCUCUGCACAGGAGGGAGAACUGGGAAUGAGGUGGGCUGGGAGCUGAGGGCAGACACAGCUUGUGGCAGGUGUUAGAGCCUUGAAGUCCAAGCUGGAAAAGCAUCCUCUUGGAGACCAGCAGGAGUUAGUGCUGCAGGAGGAGGUAACCCAGAGGUACAUGGGGCAGAGGGUGCCCUGGGUGCCCCACCACAGCCCUGUUUCUCAGGGCACAGUGCUCUUACUGCCCCUCAGAGCACUGCUUAGCUCCAUGGAGAGGCAGCUUCUGACAGGGAAGGAGUAAGCUGUGGACCACUUUUCCUCUGCUCCAUGGCAUGGUUUUCCCUGCUGAAUCUCUUCCUCCCUUCACAGGCAAUGGGAGCUCAGUGGAGACCCAGAGCAGCUCUCUGCAGAAGCCCUGCUCUUGCAGAGCUGCCCAUAGCCUUGCCCCAGGCAUGGUCAGUAAUGUUUUCACCCCUUUCCUCUCUGCUUCUUCCAGCUCCUUUAGUGCCCUGACCUGAGUCACUGCCUUGCACUGCUGGGACUGUCUCCUCCAUGCAUCCAGUCUCCCACCCUCACCAGUACCAGGAGUGGGAAGCACACUCUGUGUGGGGACACACUGCUUGGGGCAUUUGGUACCUCACUGGCCUGGAUGAGAGGGGCAGAUCCUUGCAAAGCAUUUAACUCAGAACAGGUUACAUCAUGCAGGUUAAACCCUCCAAUAACACCUUCCCAAAUCUCGAUGUGGUAGCAACGCCCCAAAACGCCUCCUGCUCUUGUGAGCCAGAGCCCUGCUGCUCACUGGGCCCAGCUCUGCAUGCUGCCGCUGCGCUCCGACAUUAACCUACUAACCCGCUGGGACCCUGUGCCCUCACCGGGGGCUGGCACAGCCCCUGGCACACGGACUAACCCACUAACUGGCCCCAGUGCAUGCCCUACUAACCCACAGCCAGCCCUGCCUCACACCCACUAACUGUGGCGGCAGUGCUGCCUUUAAAGGGGAACGGAAAAGCUGGGAAAGGAGAUUUGGAAGUGCCAGGUGUCAGUGCCAGGCUGUACAGGCAGGGACGGGCAAGGGCAGCCCCAGCUGUGGGCAGGAGAGGGGAUUGGCAGCCCCUGCCCAGCAUUGGGCCGUGUCCAUCAAGCUUUGCCUAUACAGGCAGCCCCAGCCCCAGCUGUGAGCAGGAGGGAGGACUGGCAGCCCCUGCCCAUGCAAGCAGCCCCUGUUCUGGGCAGGAGAGGGGACCAGCAGUCCCUGCCCCAGGCAGGAGAGGGAACCAGCAGCCCCUGCUCUGGGCAGCCCUUGCCAGCACGAGGAGAGGGUUUCUCCUCGCACGCCCUGCCCGGCUCUGCCCGUGAGCCUGUUGCUGACUAGGAGCCUAAAACGGUUUUAUCAGCAGAAGCUUUUCAGUUCCUUUUUAAGCCAGUAGAUCUCUGUUACUAACACAUUCCUGAACUGAAUUAAACAAACUAACCAUUGCUGCUUUUCUCUUCAUUUCUCUUCCAGUGUGUGUGUCCUAAGGCAGACCGGUGCCCUGCUUCUGUUACUAACCUGUACUUCUGUUAGCACUGUACUAAUCCUUCCUGACCUGUUUCUCUCUUGCUACUAACCAACUCUCUUUGCACUUUGCCUCUCGGAUGCUAUUUGCCAUGACAAGUGACGGUGGCUCCUCCUGGACUUCUGGUUAUCAACCUGCAGCACCCCAAUUUUCAGUGCUGCUGAGCAUCCCUGGCUCCCAUUCGGUGCGAUGGAAAGGAAGAUACCUUUACUGGAGGGUUUUGAAAAUUUCCCCAUUUGCCUUCUGUUUUCUGAGAAAUUUCAUGUGGCACAAUGAGGAAAAGAGGCUGAGAGGCAGUAGGACAAUACAAAACCAUUAAUAAUGACCAGUAAUGGCUGUAAAGAUCCAGCAAACCCAGAGAGAUUCAGCCACAGAGUGAUGCUAUUGCCCAUGAGCCCCACCAGAGCCUGAGUUUGGAGCUCUCCUGGGGCCCCACGUCAUCUGUCAUGGGGAAUGGUCUUGUGCUGCUCCCUGAAUUGGCUCACGGACACUCCCGGGCUCCUCUCUUCACUCCCUUUGUCUUUCCACAGUUUAUCUUGUGCCUGGUGCAUGUGGAAGCUGUUGCCAGCAGCGUGGGCGUGACUAACCAUACCUGUGUGUGACCGCUGGGCUGGUAAUGAGCCAAGGGCAGGAGGGGGCAGUGGGUAUCAGAGGGGGCUCUGCCAUCAGGCUGUGAUGGAGGCACAGCCUGGGCUUUGCUUUCUGUUUGUCUGUCAGUUGGAGGAACGUUCCCAGCCUCUCAGGGGUCCUGCCAAGGUGAAGGCUCCAGGACCUGGCCUAUCAGUGUAGGUUUGGACAUGGGCUGGUGACCCAGGGCCAGGCACCACCAGUGUUCAGGACUGCCAUGACCAGCGGGGCAAAGCCAAGCCCUGUGUGCCAGCAGAGGAUGGUGGCCCUGUGCUGCUGGUAGGCAUGGGCUGGCUCAUGAGGACAUCCCAGACCGUGGCUGCUGUGGGGACACAGCAGUGUGGGGCUGUCCCUACCAAGGGUCAGGGCAGCUCUGUCUGGGGGUUACAGAUCCAGGCAGCAUCCAGCUCUGGCUGCUCUUUCUUGGCUUUGCUUUAUGCUCACUAACCCCAUGGUCUCCCCAGUCACUAUCACUGGCUGGUGUCACCAUCACCCCACAGCAGCUCCUGCCUUCAAUGGAAGGCAGAACCAGAGUGGGGUCCCCCCGGAUGGCUGGGUCCACCCCCUAAUGCUGCCACUACUCCUGGGCAUCCCAGCUCUGCACUGACACAAGCCUGCUCCUUCAGCUGGGGUGUCCCUGGGCUCUCAGGCUGAUGGGGGUCCCCUCCUCACCCAGCUCCGUGUCUGUCCAACCUCCACCUUAUUCCACUAACCGUGUGCCUACCCUUCCCCCACACAGCUGGCACCAGGGUGGGUUUUUGGGCUGAUGCUCCUAUGUUUGAUGGAAGGGGGACACAGGGCCCUGCUGUGGGCUGGGGGCAGAGGAGGAAGCAGGGCUGUGGGGACAGGAAUGGGCUAGGAGGAUAAGCCAGGUUGGGCACAGGGUGGGCAGGUUCAGGGCUCCUGCACAGGUAGGAGCACCACCAGCACUGGGCUGGGGUUUUCAGAGCCCACCAUUGUGAGGGACUCUCCUCUCUGCCCCAUAACCCCUCUUUCUGCUCCAGAGCAGCCCUCCUGCACCCAGGGGGACCUCCCCAGGCUGGUCACUGAGGGGAGUCAUGGGACCACAAGUCACCCUGAUAGCUAAGAGGAUGCACUGGGCAAAUGUGGCCCUCCAGGGGCAGCCAAUGCUACCCACAGACCUGUCAGUGGGGACAGGCCACUUUGGGUAGCUGCUCCCCUUGCAGAGCCACCAUUGCUGAGCUGAGCAGGCCUGGAGGGCAGGGAGGCUUCCCCAAACAGCCUGGUUGCUCCUUUCCUCUGCUCCAGCACCUUGGGGCUCCCUGCCCCUGCUCCCCAAUUCUUGCAGCUGGCAGAGGAGUUGGUCAGUCUGUCUGUCUGUUUCUCCCACUUCGCUGGUGCAGGGAGGAGUGGGGCUGGGGCACCCCAGCAGCAACAUGGGCAGAGGUCAGAAGGUGUCACUCAGCCCUAGGUGCACCAUCUUGCCCAGGGUGCCCCAGACCAAGCUGGCCAGGGCUGCCCCUGCUCUGCAGGACCCCACACUCACCCCAUGUCAGCACGGUGAGAGCGGGCACAGCCACAGUGGGACUGGACUGGACACUGGAGUGGGGCGUGGGGAUGCUCUGGGGCAGGGAGUCCUGGAGUGGCCUCAGCGGUGUGAGCAGGAAUCCCGCAGGUCACCACGGCCCUGAGGAUGAACCCACAGCCCCGAGGAUGUCCCCGCUGCCUGUAAUGUCUACUGUGAACAUGGCAAGUGUGCAACCA